GUAAGAUAGAUGUCAACGGUUCUCCGGUCAUAUCAGAAUUAAAGUACCAAAACGAUGGCUUCACGAAAUGGACAGGUUGAACUGGAUGACGUUUGGCGGAGAUUGGGGACGUUUGGUAGGUACCAGCUCGUGCAGGCCGCUCUUUUGAUGACUACAGUGAUCCCGGAGGGGAUACAGCUCCUGGUUGUCGUCUUCAUUGGAUUUCGGCCACCCUACCACUGUGCGAAUGUGUCUUCCUCACAGAUUAUUGCGGACACCGCCAAAUACAGUAACACAAGCACAGACCUGUCUUACCAUGAGUGUCAUGUCGACUUCAUUAUCAGUGACACAAAUACUACACUUCUGUCCUUGUCGCCAUGUCCAGCCGGGUAUAACUACGGGCUAGAGAAGGACAGAACGUUUGUGACAGAGUACGACCUGGUGUGCGAUGGGGCAGAAUUAGCAGAAUUAUCACAAACUUUACUGAUGGUCGGCCAGAUGGUUGGGGCGGCCAUUUUACCUCAGUGUUCGGACAGAUUCGGGAGAAAGCCUAUCCUUGUCUCCUCACAUAUCGGUUUACUUGUAGCAGGAUUAGGGUGUUGUUUUAUACCAACAUUCACCGGAUUCGCAAUAAUGAGGUUUCUCAUUGGAGCCUUCCAACAAGGACUCGCUAUGACACGUCCUGCUAUGAUGCUCGAACUUUUUCCGAAGGAGGUGAGAUAUCUGACGGAAGUAGCGGCGUUAUUCGCCUGGACAACCUCUGCGGUCGUCAUGACGCCUAUUGUUUACUUCCUCCGGGAUCUGUCCUGGCGCUAUCUAUACCUCGUCCUCACGCUAACAUCCGCUUAUAGUGUCCUGGGAUACUGGAUAUAUGACGAAUCUGUCCGAUGGCUUCUGACGAAUGGCAAAACAGCAAAAGCAAUGACGAUUUUGAAAAAGGCUGCAAGGAUGAAUAACGUCGACGAGGAAAAGAUCAUGAUGAUAGUCGACUGGGCUUCAGCUGUAAAACUCAACACAGAGGAGAAAGUUGAUAUCGGCGUGGAAAGUGAGAUGAAAACGGAGACUAUAUUUAGGAAUGACGAUAGAUAUACCAGCAGGAACGUGCUACCGAAGUACACCAUCAUAACUUUGUUUAAAAGACGCAGAAUAGCAAUGAUAACUCUUAUAAUGAUCUUUGCCUGGACCGUUGACAGUUUGACCUUCUACGGUUUGAUCCUGUCCUCAGCCUCUUUGCCUGUUGACCGAUAUCUGAGUUUCUUCCUGCUUGCCGUCGCUGAAUACCCUGUUGUAGUGUUCGAAUACACGCUGAUGAAUCGUUUAGGACGAAAGUGGUUCUGUAUAAUUUUCCAUGCUGUAGCGGCUCUGUCACUGAUA